AUCCCCACAGUGUGAGAGUUCCCUCGCGAUAAGAUAAGAUGAGAUAAUAUUAUUUUUAUCAGGCUUCUUCCAUCAUGCCAAACGACACGGACGUGUCUGAAUGCGCGCUGGGACGCGGAUCGCGCAUCUCCAUCGCAACCAUCUACUCCUUCAUGUGCGUUUUGGGCACCAUCCUCAAUCUUCUAGUCAUCUAUUUGGUCGUAACGUUCAAGAAGCUCCGCACGGCAAGCAAUGCGUUCAUCGUGAACGGCUGCGUGGCGGAUUUACUGGUGUGCGCUUUCUGGAUGCCCCACGAAGCAGUGGCUACAUCCACUGGGGGGAUCCUGGUGCUCGGGUACCACGCGUUCAAAGAAGCGCUGCUGUUUCUGGGCAUCACCGUGUCGCUGCUUUCCCAUUCGCUCAUUGCUGUGAACAGGUAUGUUUUGAUCACCAAAACCCCUGCUGUAUAUCAAAGUCUUUAUCAGAAGAGGAACACAGAAUGGAUGAUUGCAGGAUCAUGGCUCAUUUCACUGGGCUCUUUGUUUCCAUGGCUUGCAUUCUUUCGGUACCCGCCUGAGAGAUGCAGGGAUGCUGAGGAUGCAGCAUCAGCAUCCUUCGCCAAGGGCACUUCGGUGUCGGUGCUGUCCAGUCGGGUCACUACUGGCACAUUGGCGGUCACUAUCAUUGGACAGACUGUCAUCGUGGUAUACUGCUACUUGAAAAUCUUCCGCCGGGUACAGAUAAGCGUGAAGAGGGUCAGCAUCCUCAAUUUCCAAAUAGUGAACAAUCUCCCCUAUUCUUUCCCCAGAAAAGACAAGCGCCUCGGCUUUUACGUUCUUGCCAUUUGCUUCAUAUUUCUUCUCACAACUGAGCCCAUGUUUUGGGUUCUGAUUGCAGGACUGUUUGUGCCAGUGUCCAUGGUUCUUUGGACAUCAACGUGGAUGCUCUUCUGCACUAUUUUUGUGUCCAAUCCAUUUCUGUACACUUGGAAGAAUGAAGAGUUCAGGAAGUCCUUUAGGUCUGUAAUGAGGGGAGACUUCUUGCGGGGAUCCACGGUUGGGGUUGAAACCACCACGAUCAAUACCAUUUCUCACAUCUUCCCAAGACAAAACAGUCGCAGGGCUUUCCUGGGUGAGAUGAACUGAGUCACCAACUAAACCUUAAAACUAUGUGGCCAAAUGCUGCUUGUGCCUGUGUGUCCAAGAUGCUUCUACAAUCUGCCAGUGAUUUUCCAGUCACGAUAAGCUGCAUGCAUUUUUCAGUGUUUUGUAAAGCAGUUUUGACUAAUUUUGUGAGCUAACGUGGAAUUUGUAAAACAGUUACUACACUGCCACUUUUUUUAAACAAGAUGUGUUUAUGAAUGUGUUUGAAUAAAUGGGAAUUAAAUCACUGGAUUGUUUCUCAUCUUGUUAUAUUUGAUUCUAAAAUCAAAUUAUGAUUUAAAACGAUUAUAUUAAAGGCAUCGUUCAUCCACAACUCAUUUACUCACCCUCAUGUCAUCCCAGAUGGGUAUGACUUUCUUUCUUCUGCAGAACACAAAUGAAGAUUUUUAGAAGAAUAUCUCAGCUCUGUAGGUCCAUACAAUGCAAGUGAAUGGUGACCAAAAUUUUGUUGCUCUAAAAUCACAUAAAGUCAACAUAAAAGUACUCCAUAAAACUCCAGUGUUCUAGUCCAUGUCUUCUAAAGUGAUAUAAGUGUGGGUGAAAAACAGGUCAAUAUUUAAGUACUAUUAAUCUCCACUUUUUUUUUUUUUUUAGAGCUUCAAAGGCCUGGU